AAAAAAGUGCCAACGUAGACGAGGAAGAAAGCAUUGGCGCCACUCGCCUUGCAGUGUUUCGAACGAGCGACUGAAAGGGAAGGAGGACCUCUCUAUAGCAAGGAGGACCUCCCUAUAUGAAAGAGGACCGCAAGUUGCGCAAGACGCAUCUACGGACAAUCAAGCAUCCUUAUUGGAAACUACUAGACCCGUGUUUGCAAUAGUGUUUGUAGUUUUGUUUUGUUGUAGGCUAUAUGCGACAGUUGUUAUGUCUCUAUAGUGAUAUGUUGUUACCGUGAGCAGCGUAUAGCCUGCAAUAAAAAAAAGCUUCGACUUCUACCUCAACCCAACGGUCACCCAACGGAUAAGGACACAUGCAGAAGCUUACAGAUGGACUGGCUCACACCUGAGAUAUGAAGUGUGUUAUGUGAAGCCAAGGUGUCAUCCCACCUUCCAGGUGGUGGGGAGAGAUGGUGCACUCUGUUGCCAUGACAGUGGAAGUCCUCUUUCUUAUGUUGUUUCUGACCAGUACUCAGUGUAAUCCCCUGGCAGACUUGUCAGUGAGCCGGGAACGCUUGGAGCUUGUCCUGACCCAGGCCAGAGAGGACAAGCAGCAGGCCUCAGUGGGGGCGCUCGGCUACAGCACCCAGCAGCAGCUGGAGGAGAUCAGCUUCAUGGGCCUGGAGACCCACAGAGGGGCCAGCAACAGAACCUCUGUCAACAGAUCCAGGCCAAACUCCAGCAUCCAGAAACUUGCUGGAUCCAAGGGUGGGAAGGCAUCACAGGAGUUGUGGGAAGAGCAAGAGGGGGGCCUGAGCCGAGUAGACGAGGGUCCCACGAGUGAAACAAAUCUUUCUCUUGACGCUAUCGACGAGUACGCAUAUCCAGAUUACAGGGGGAAGGGCUGCAUGGACGAAAGUGGUUUUGUGUUUGCCAUCGGGGAGAAGUUUACCCCGGGGCCCUCCACAUGCCCUUGCCUCUGCACGGACGAGGGACCCCUGUGUGCCAAACCUGAAUGUCCCAAAGUUCACCCUCGCUGCAUCCGGGUGGACACCAGCCAGUGCUGUCCAGAGUGCAAGGAGAAGAAGAACUACUGUGAGUUCAGGGGUAAGGUCUACACAACGCUACAAGAGUUUAAGGUGUCUCCGUGUGAGAAGUGUCGCUGUGAGGGGAGUGGAGAGGUGUUGUGCUCUGUGUCAGCUUGCCCCCAGACAGAGUGUGUGGACCCAGUGUAUGAGCCUGAUCAGUGCUGCCCCAUCUGUAAGACCGGGCCAAACUGUUAUGCAGACACACAAGUGAUCCCAGCUGGACGUGAGGUGAAGAUUGAUGAGUGUUCAAUCUGUUACUGCACGUAUGAGGAGGGCACGUGGCAGAUUGAGCGUCAGGCCACCUGCAGCAAGAAUGAAUGCUAGCAGAACUAGAGACUGGCACUGUAAGUGGGCAUGGGGGCAGGGGUUAUGGGGCAAUGGGUGCUCCCACCGUGAUAAUUGCCAGUAAGUACGCAACUCAAUGCUAGCCUGACUAAACCAAAGUGAACUCUGUUGAGCACACACAAUGGUGAGCGCAGUGUUCAUUCUGGUUUGACCAGGCUAACUCAACGCAGCCUUCACUCAGUCUAAACCUGAGGUCAGGGUCACCCUCCAGACCGUAUGAUUUCUGCAUUUAUAACCACAUGGAUUAUCAAAUCAAGCUUUGUAUGAAGAUUUGUAAUCCACAUACAGAAUAUCUAUUUAUCUAUGUACUGAAUUAUUUAUGGAGAUAUACAGUAGAAAAACUAUAAACUAGCCAAAAUAUAUUUUUUUAUAGGCACUGUAUUUUAUUAAGCUGCUAUGUAUUGGGUUAGAGAUCAAAUAAACAUCAUGGAAUGUAUAGAAUCCUUACUGUACAGCUGUCUGUGUUUUAUAGAGGUAGAAACCAUAGCCUACAGACAGGCAAGUGUCAUUACCUGAAGUUAACCAAUUGGUAAGGUUUCAAUAUGACAACUUUAUGUAAUUUUGAAAAUUACUUGUUGAAGAAAUGUAAGAAGUUACUUGACUGUUUAAAGAUUUAGCUCUCUUUUCUUGCCAUUUUGAUUGUGUUUUGAUUUUAUGUGCAUUUUGUAAGCAGUUCUCUAUUAUGUAUUCAUGUUUAAAAUAAACAGCAACCUGUGCACUGUAGGCGCCA